AUGGAGUCAAUUCAGAACCAAAGGCCACGGCCUGAGCGAUCAGUAUCAAGAGGGCGAGGGAGCAGCCUCCCACUGGGCCAGCAACGAAGACAGGCGACUAACACCCAAGCGCAGGACCCAUCUCCCUCACCAAAUGACUCUAACAGUGUACCCAGAGCCACCAAUGUACCCAGAGCAUCGCGACAGCUCUCCAUGUUCGAUUCUUCUCGCAACGUUGGCAUUUCUGGAGGACAGUUCGUCGCACAGCAUGGUCCAGUUUCUAAUCGCUAUGUGACUGUUUACAAUUACAAUCAAAGCGGACCGUCAGAAGGGGAGACCACUCGUGAGGAAGACAGGUCACCCAUAGGGAGAUUGCCCCGCCAUUUUGGUGAAAACACUGCCAAUUCCAGAAGAUCAGGCCGAGAAGGUCGUCGGAUUCCACCUGAGCAGAACACAAUCCGACCAAUACAGCGAAGCAACGUCCUCUAUGAACAGCACCUCAUGCGCAAGGGCAGAGGCUACCCUCUCUGGAUACCGCAACCAAAUCUCCGACUUCCAAUACCAUACCGGGCCAAAGGAGCAUCCAUAGGAGAUGUUGGUAUCAUCACUGCGUACGGGGCGUUCGACUUCCUCUUCAAUAUAUGUCUACCGGCGGACCACCCAAUAAACCCAGAAGAGCUUCCGGAAGGUUUUGAACCUCUCCGACCAACGUUGAACCCAACAGAUAUUCGGGAAUCUUUGGAAUUCACAGCUGGAAGCUACUUGGCGAGCUCUUCAGUGUCGAAGGCACAGUCGGGAGUGGAUUCCUUGGGCUAUACGUUCGAGUCGUCGGCAUCAGAAGGCGCAAUUUUAGCGAUGCCUGAAGGGGCCUACCAUGAAGAGCUUGGGAACGUCUCAAAAUUCCGCGAAUAUAUUGCUGUUCAUGCAGAGAACUGGUAUAAAUUUGUCAAUGGGCCUCGCGGACGGGAAGCACAGAAUGGCGAUGUGCGGCUCGUCAUCGGCAGCGACAAGACCACUGGCUGGGGAAUGGCGACCUUUUCCAGCACCGCUGAGGAUCAAUCAAACGUCCGCCUGCAGUUCUGCGCCCUUGGCGGGAGGGGGCCGCAAUCAUCCGGCCCUAUGUACACCUGGGAGCACCUUGGGUCAGCGGAGGCGAGAGUGGGACCUGACGCCAGCGAGAACGAGGAGUUGGGAGCCACGGCAGCGCGGCCACUGCGCAACCAGUGUCUCUUCAUGCGAACAUUGAGUGUCGCGUUGGCGGAAGAAACCUGGAAGAGGCUCAGAAACGAAAAUUUUAAGACAGAGACCGGGCCAUCUUCCUCUUCAAAUACCGACUGCCAAUCGUCAAAUCCCUCCACAGGUCAGAGCGGAGGUAGUUCCGGGACGCCAUCUCUCGACACUGUCGCGACAUCUGGGGGCAGAAAAGGAUCAAGCUCUUUUGCAAAUGACUCAGAGCCAACGUCGAACCCAAAUGUGAUUGUGGAGCACUCUUCGACCACUCCUUAUACAGUUCAUCCGUCAAAAAUCAUCAACGAAUUCUUGCUUCAGGAGGUUCCUUAUGCGAGGAUGGCCGUCACAAGCGAUAGAGAUUGGCACUGGGUUCUCUCGUCUCAGGAACGGCAGCUUUAUGAACCCGCCGAAUUCAUUUCCCAAAUAUGUUCCCUCAAUGUUGUAAGCGAACAUAACGGGGUGGUGUUUCUGGAACCUAUUGAUCAUACGGAGGAAACCUGGAAUUGGACGAGAUGGGAUCGAUACUUAUGGACAUUGCUGCGGACAGUGCCAACAUUGAACGAUAUCUUUUUGGUUCUAUCCAGGCUCGCCGACCAUUUCUACUCGGUUUGCUUAGCGAUUUAA